UCGGAAAUGGCAGCUCCAUCACCGUUUCUUGGAUUUCAUUACACCUGCACAAGUGUAGGUGAAGCUCCCAAAUUGCCAGCCAACCGUCGCCAUUAAACAAAAUCAACAUCCACAACUCGUAAGGAAGGAAGGAGAUGAUCGUUAAUUCAUUCGUCAGAUUUUGCAAAUCACGCUUCCAAAUCAGAGCAUAAUCUGAGGACUAGAGAAAAUACAAAGCAUUAGCCGUAUUAUAUAUAUAAGCAGUUGGCAGUGGCCAAAGCCAAGAUCACCGCUUCAGCAAUCACCCAGCUUGUCGUUGUAGCACCCGUUUCUUCGCCAAGGAAAGAUUUCAACUUUCCACUCCAUCCCGUUCGAUCCAUGGCGACCUUGGCGCGACUCUCCUACCCCGUCGUCCUCGCCACGCUGCGGCAUGGCGCAAUAAACCCUCCUCCGUUCGCGGCGGCGGCGGCGGCGAUGCCGACGGCGGCCAAGAGGAUGCUCGGAUCCGUCAGAUGCGGCGGCGCCAAGGCGUUGCAUGCGGAGGCGACGGCGGAGUCGCCGGUGCCGCCGCGGUCGGUGCCGGUGCGCGUCGCCUACGAGCUGCAGCAGGCCGGAUACCGCUAUCUCGACGUCAGAACCGAGGGUGAGUUUGCUGGUGGGCAUCCAGUUGGAGCUGUAAACAUCCCAUACAUGCACAAAACCGGCUCAGGACUGACAAAAAACACACAUUUUCUUGAGAAAGUGUCAGCUACCUUUGGGAAGGAGGAUGAGAUCAUCGUUGGAUGCCAAAGUGGCAAGAGAUCUCUCAUGGCAGCAUCUGAACUCUGCUCUGCUGGUUUUACUGCUGUAACAGACAUCGCCGGUGGAUUUUCUGCCUGGAGGGAGAAUGAACUACCGACCAACCAGUAACAUUGCUUGAAAGAUUUUCUGCAUUUCUGAAAAAUAAUCUGCCAAGGACUUGUACAUUAUGUGGUCUUCUCGAAUAUGAUACAUCACAAGAGUACUGAAUAAAUGGGUCUUGAAAGGUCGAAUGGCGUUAGCUUGGAGACUAGGUUUUUGUGCUUCA